AUGAAGACGGAAUUCAAGUUUUCCAACCUCCUUGGGACCGUCUAUGGCCGAGGGAAUCUUGCCUUCACGCCUGAUGGUAACUCUCUGCUCUCACCGGUGGGCAAUCGAGUGUCUGUUUUCAAUCUGACAAAAAACACCAGCUAUACCCUCCCCUUGGCCCACCGGAAGAAUAUCAGCCACCUUGACCUAACACCUGACGGAAACCUACUCCUCACGAUCGAUGAAGAUGGCCGUGCAAUAUUAUCCGUAUUUCCCAGAAGAAUCGCAAUUUAUUACUUCACCUUCAAGUCUCCGGUCAGCUCGUUAGCUUUCUCUCCCAAUGGCGAACACUUUGCUGUUGGACUUGGAAGGAAAAUACAGACAUGGAAAACACCAUCCGCCCCCGGCGGAGAUGCAAACGGAGAAUUGGACUUUGCGCCAUUCGUCUUGCACCGCGAAUAUGGUGGCCAUUUUGACGAAGUCAGACACUUAAGCUGGUCAGGCGACUCUCGGUUCUUCCUUAGUGCCUCCAAGGAUCUAACAGCACGAAUAUGGAGUCUGGAUCCUGAAGAAGGCUUUGAGCCGACCGUCCUUUCUGGCCAUAGGCAACAAGUCCGAAAUGUUUGGUUCUCUGCUGAUCAAGAAUCAAUAUUUACGGUCAGCGAAGAUGGAGCGUUGUUUCGAUGGGAGUUUGUCCCAAGCCAGCAAAACCAUGAGCAGGAGUCCACAGAACUUGCCGACGAGAGAUGGCGAAUUGUACAAAGAAAUUAUUUCAUGCAGAACGCAAAACUGAGAUGCGCUUCCUUCCAUCCAUCAACAAAUCUAUUGACCGUCUGUUUCGAUAAUGGCUUGUUCUCUUUGUAUGAAAUACCGUCCUUUUCAAAUAUUCACAACUUAUCUAUGGCAUCUUCUCCCAUAUCGGCAGUGACCAUCAAUAGAUCAGGGGAGUGGUUGGCUUUUGGUUCCUCCAAGACAGGUCAAUUACUUGUAUGGGAGCAUGCCUCUGAAUCGAAUAUCCUCAAACAAUCCUCGCAUCUGGACACGAUGACAACAUUGACAUAUUCACCGGAUUCUACGCGAAUAAUCACGGGAGCAGAUGAUGGCUUGAUCAAAAUGUGGGACAUCUCCUCCGGAUUCCAUGUCGCAACCUUUACGGAGCAUUCCUCUGCAGUAACAGCAUCUGCCUAUUCAACGAGAGGAAACAUUCUUUUCACUUCAUCUCUGGAUGGAUCGGUCCGGGCCUGGGAUAUGCUAAGAUAUCGAAAUUUCAGAACAUUCACGGCUCCUACUCGACUCUCCUUUUCCUGUUUAGCAGUCGACCCCUCUGCUGAGGUGGUUUGCGCCGGAUCUCAUGACUCUUUCGACAUUCACCUUUGGUCUGUGCAAACAGGCGCACUCCUUGACCAGCUUUCAGGGCACGAGGGUCCAAUUUCGACGCUGGCAUUCACGCCGGAUGGCCGUUAUCUUGUCUCCGGUUCCUGGGAUCAUACCAUACGUGUAUGGUCGGUUUUUGAUCGGUCUCAAACCUCAGAAACUCUACAACUUACUUCAGACCUCUUAUGCGUCACCAUUCGGCCUGACUCGGCACAAAUUGCCGCUUCGACGCUGGAUGGGCAACUCACGUUUUGGAAUCUGAAUACAUCCAUACAAGAAUCUGGGCUGGAUGGCCGACGGGAUGCAAGUGGUGGUCGAACUCUUACGUCGCGACGCACUGCUGCUUCCACGCCGGGCACGAAGUCAUUUAACUCUAUCGCGUAUUCUGCUGACGGAAGUUGCCUGCUUGCUGCUGGAAACAGCAAAUAUAUUUGCUUAUAUUCUGUCACCACGUUAACAUUGAUUAAAAAGUUCACGGUUUCAAUCAAUCUGAGCUUGGACGGAACUCGAGAGUUUUUAAAUUCCGCUGCAAUCAUGUCGAAUGGUCUCCCACGAGACAUGCUUGAUACAGAAGGUGAGGCAAGUGACCUCGAGGACCGAAUAGAUCGAAGUCUACCUGGAGCAAAGCGUGGACAAGACGCAACGGCCAGAACGCUACGACCGGAAGUCAAAGUGACCGGCAUCGAGUUCGCACCUACCGGGAGAAGCUUCUGUGCCGCCAGCACGGAAGGCUUGUUGAUCUACAGCCUUGACAAUACUGGAAUGGAAGAUUUCGAUCCUUUUGAUCUGGACGUCGAUGUUACGCCUCAAAAUAUUCAAGCAAUACUCCAGCAAAAUGAACCGGAAUACCUCAAAGCUCUAGUCAUGGCGUUCAGGUUAAACGACAAAUGUUUGUUGAGAAAGAGCUACGAAUCUGUCCCUUACCCAUCCAUCCCGCUUCUAGUCCGAGAAUUCCCAAGGGUGUAUCUUGGAAGAUUGUUGAUGCUGAUUGCCCAGCAGAUGGAAAAUAGCCCUCAUCUUGAAUUUGCGCUCCUCUGGGUCUGUGAGGUCUUGAGUGUGCAUGGUCGCUAUAUCAAAGAAAGACAAGGCACGUUUGUCAGCGAACUCCGUACGGUUCUUCGAGGAGUGGAUGGCAUAGGAAAAACAGUACGCAGUCUCAGCCAACGGAAUGCAUUCGAAAUUGAGUUCCUGUGUCAAGAGUUACCGGUAAAGAGUAAAGAAGCGCUUAUCCUGUCGGGAAAACAGCAGGAUUUAGAAAAUGGUGGGAUCGGGAAUAGUGACGGUGAUGAAGACGAAUGGAUAGGUCUGGACUGA